AUGUCGCGAUCCGGGGACGAAGGGCUGGAGCUGUCCAGCGACGACGACCUGAUCGAGGUCCAGUUCGACGUCAGCCAAGCCUCAGCGCCCAGCAGCCGCGGCCACAGCAUUUUCGAAAACCUCCUGCACCCCCAAGGCGUCCCAUCACGAGGGCGGCCGGCCGCAGACUCGACCAUGGCGGGCUCGGUCAGCCUGCGGCCGACUGCCAGCCACUCGCGAAGGCCGCAGCCCGCCCAAUCGUCGACAGCCUCGCAGCCUCGCGGGCGCCACUCGCACCCCCAAUCACAGCAGGCCUCGAUGCUCCGCGCCUGGGCCGGGGCCUCGGCCUCGUCAUCAGAGAGCCGCCCGCCGGCCACGACCUACAUCGACCUGACGGACGAGCCAGACUCGCCCGUGGAGCGGCGGAGGACGCAGGCGUCGGACCCCCAGGCAAUGCUGCAGCAGGUGCCCAAUAACAUUGCCGGGCGCCACCCGCGGAGGACGAAUUCACAGCGCAUCUCGCCGCCGCAGCUCGCCAGGAGCGACAGCACCCUCGUCGGCGGGCCCUCCAGCUACAUCGACCUGACGGUGGACGAGGACGAGCAGCAGCAGCAGCAGCAGCGCUCCGGCAGAGAGCACUGGCGCACGCGCGCUGCCCACCAGCACCCCCACCACCACCAUCACAACACCAGGCACGGUGACGACCGCCUUGUCGCGCUGAGGCUCAUGAGCGGCAGCCACCAGGAGCAGCUCGAGUCCGGCAUCCGCGUCCUUGGUAGAACCUUGGCCGACUUUUUGAACGGCAGCCUCGGCGCCACCCUCUCGCAGAGCAGGUUUCCGGCAGAACCAGAGUCAAGGCCGAAGCCCCCGAUGGAACCGAUACCGUCCGCGACGGCAGGAUUCACCCGCGACACCCGGGCAGACGGCGGGCAGAGCGAGGAGCUGGUCACGAUAUGUCCCGCCUGCAACGAGGAGCUUGCCUACGAUCCUACCGAGUCAUCAACGCCGUCAAAGAAGAGGAAAAGGGCUGUAGGAGAGCACCAUUUCUGGGCGCUCAAGUCGUGCGGUCACGUCUACUGUGCCGAGUGCUUCGAAAACAGAAAGCCGACCAAAAAUGCGCCCGAGGGGGUCGGCUUCCGAUAUCCACCCGGGAAGAGCAAUGCGACGCCCAACGAUAUACUAUGUGCCGUGGACGGGUGCGGAACAAAGGUGGCUUCGAAGACGGAAUGGGUUGGCAUCUUCCUUUAG